CUCAUCUCUGCAAUUGUCGAAUAAUGUAGCUUUUGCGGUCUCGAUUGGGUGUUUGGUUAUGAGUCAGCUUGUAGAAGAACUUUCAUAACACCCAAUUCCUAGGCAAUUUUGAGAUAAUGCACAAUACCAGCUAUCUCUGCACUGGUAAUGGAACCCCCUCCAAACUUUACCGAAGAAGCACUAAGAAAGCGGUCAUUGUCUUCCCUUACAACGUCGUCAACUAUCUUGCUAGAAGGAGAGUGAACGAUAUACCCAUAUGUAUUGAGGCAUGUCCAAUCCUACUAGGGAGGUCUCCAUUAUAUAAGUCAUCGUUCUCGAGCUCUCCCAAUUCCAAAAAUUGUGCUCUCCUUCCCAAAAGAUGUGAUGAUGUGAUGCCUUGGUUGUUUGGUGUUAAGCUGCAGUUGUGCAUAAGUCUCAAACUUACGAUGGAACACAUCGUUAUUCCGGUUAUUGCACAAUAGCCAGCAAGUUCCUUCAAACAAUGUUUUAGCAAGUGAUGAGCCUAUCCCUACAGUAUAAAAGAAGAUCCAUGCCACUAAGGACAUUGUUGAAGCCUUCCAUCUAGCAAGACGAGAAUCAAUCAUGUUAAUUAGCUCAACGUUAGUUUCUUUUGAGACGCAAUCAUGAAUAAUCGGACUUCGACGUAUCUCACAAGGUAGGUGAUUUGAGGGAUGUCCAAUGACAUGCUUAAGUUAUGUGUUUGAUUGUUGUUGAUGUCACCCGAGAAGAAAACUUUAGACUUGGACCUAUUAACUUGUUUCCCGAAAGGUGUUUCAAGGAGCUCAAAGCAGUUAUUACUAACUUGAACAUGUUUCAUCGUUGCCUCCCAUAAAAGAAUGAGGUCAUCUGCAAAGAAGAUAUGAGAAAUGAAUGGACUUUGCCAAAUCAACUUUAAGGGUUGUCAUCGGCCAUCACUCAUAGUGUUAGUAAUUAAAUGACUUAACCAUUCCAUGCAAAGAGUUAAUAAGUUAGGUGACAGAGGGCAUCCCUUUCGAAGGCCACAAGAGGUACUCACAGCCUGAAAUUUUUCCCUCACAAACUCCCAUCUAAUCCAAUUAACCAGGUCGAUUUUCAAUACCAUCCAUGCCAAUUGGUCAUGAUUAUAUCUCAUGCAGUGAACCACUUCAUACAAGAUGCAAUUCCUGAUAUGUCUACCUGGGACAAAAUCAAAUUGUGUCUCGUGGAUCAAAGUUGGCAUAAGAGGCUUAAGUUUCUUAGGUUAUUGCCUUGAAAGCUACGUUACAAAGCUAAUCGUCAUGAACUGUUCAAUGAUGGUAGGAUGUGGGAUCUUCGGUAUGCAAACUAAAACUGUUGCAUUGAACUUCGACACUGUGCAUGGAUUAUCAUAAGAAUGCAUUGCAAACUCUAAUAGCACAUGGCCAAUGGUCGCGUAAGGGUGUGGAUAGUAUAACAACAGUCUAAUUGUUGUUAUACUAACAACAAGGGCAUAAUAGUAAAAUAACAAUAAGUAAUAAAUAAACAAAAACUAAAUAUCUAAGCGCGUUUUAUCUCUCUCUCAGCAGCAGCGGCCAGAUCUAUACCUUUGAACACCAAUUUUUUGUUCUUCUCCAGCGCCAAUCCUUUCCCAUCGUCGGCGCCAUCGCACCAAUCGACUCUCUCCCGACCAUAACCACACCGCCGCCGACGAGUUCAAUGCGACGGUGAUGGAUACGGAGAGCGCUGCGGUGGCGCUGGUGUGCUACUAGUAGAAGGCCCCUUUCAUCCGCCGUCUUCGAGACUUGGAUUCCACCAUCCAAUCAGAAAUCGUCGAAUCCAUAGCCACAUCAUCUCAGAUCUGGAGUCGUAAUAUGUGGCCGCGGCGAUUUGAGGCAGCUCUUCUGCCGGCCGUGAUGUCUCCGUCCUUGUCUUCAACACGUAGACCAGAGAUUUGAUAGCUCCGGCGGUCCUUGUUGCCUUCGUGGAGGGAGGGAUUCUAUAGAGCCGGGACGGCGUUCUCCUGGGUCAAUGAAUUGUUGCACCGGAGAAGAGGAAUUAACGGCGGAUUCGCCGAUCAAUGCUCGAUUGUUUGGCCGAUUCUUCACCAGAAGACGUAGUUUCGCCACCGCGGAAACUUUUGGAUUCAUCAUUGUACGAGAAGCGCUCACGGGGGCCUGGGGGAGGAUCAAUGCAUUGGUUCAAUUCUAUUUCUUCUACUCGAUUCUUAGUCUCUGUGCUUCGUGGGAAUUGGAUUUGUGAUCUAAAAUCACAAUCUGGGUUUCGUGUUGCAAUUAGGAUUUCAGAGACGUUCUUGGAGUUGGGAGAGCAGUGCAUGGUUGAUCAAAUGCUUCUGUAUGUCCUCCAUGGUCAUGGAUUUAUUAGUCAAACCUAAAUGUGUAGCGUGGGAUGUAGAGAAUUUGCCAUUACCCUAUGCUUUCUGUUAGUUUCAUAUGUUGCAUUUCAUUUUGAUUGUCAAGCCUUCUUCAUCACUAUAUAAAUAACCCUGUCUGCUUACAUUGCUUGUCUAUUGAUUGGAUUUUAUUAGGAUUAUGUCAUUUGGAUACAUGUCGGUUGUGUAGUGGUACUUGAGGGAACUACAUAUGCUUCUUUUAGUUAUAUGGAUGUAAGUAGUAACUUGCAAGUAGCAACUCAAGUGAUGAUGCUACAAAUUUUGGUGGUGUGUUUCUGCAUCUGGCCACAAAAUAUGGCAAAAAAAUCAUUUAAUGCAUACCUCAAAUCUUUCGAAACAUAUUAUUAAAACAAAUCCAUUUAAACAAACCAGAAACCCCACAAAUCAAACCAUAAUUUUUUCGAAAGCACACCAUAAACUUCCUAAUGCAAACCAGAAACACAAUAAAGCAAACCAGAAACCUCCUAAUGCAUACCAGAAAUCUCCUAAAACAAACUAGAAACCUCACAAAGCAAACCACAACAUUUGCGAAAGCACACCAGACACCUCCUAAUGCAAACCACAAACACAGUAAAUCAAACCAUAAAAAAGCAAAUCAUAAAUGUCCGAAUGCAUACCACAAAUAUAUUAAAACAAACCAGAAACCUCACAAUGCAAACCACAAAGUUUUUGAAAGCAAACCGGAAACUUCUCAAUGCAAACCACAAACACGAUAAAGCAAACCACAAAAACAAACCAGAAACCUCCUAAUGCAUACCACAAAUCUCCUAAAACAAACCAAAAACCCCACAAUGCAAACCACAAAGUUUUUGAAAGCAAACCAGAAACUUUUCAAUGCAAACCACAAACACGAUAAAGCAAACCAGGAACUUCGUAAUGCAAACCACAAACGCGAUAAAGCAAACCACAAAAGGCAUACAAAAAUGUAAGAAACCAAACCAUAAAUCUCACAAUGUAGACCAUACAUCCGGUGGUCGUUGACCGUUGACCGGUCAACGAAGUUCGUUGACCAAACUCCGAUGACCGUCAGUGACCGGAUUCCGGCGCCGAUAAGCAUAUUCCGGCCCUGGUGACUAGAUUCCGAUGCCGGUAAGCAUAUUCCGACGCCGGUAAGCAUAUUUCGGCGACCGUGAGCAUAUUCCGAUGACAAAAUAGCAUAUUCCGGCGACAAAAAAGCAUAUUCCGGUGACCGGCGGCCAGAUUCCGGCGACCGGUGGUCGGAUUCCGACGACCAAAUUUUUGGGCAGAAAAUAAAAAAAUAUUUUUUUAUUUUUAUUUUUUAUUUUUUUAUUAUUUAAACAGAUUUUUCAUAAUGACAAUUAUACCCCUGCUUUGAUUUUACACUAGGUCAACUAAUCUAAUAAAAAGUCAUCACAAUCCUAGCUUCCUAUUGGUUGGAGACUAGUGUUGUUAUACUAACCGGUCCGGUCGCGUAAGAAUAAGCAUUUCAUUUCCAGUGCCCACAAAGCCUUCAUCCCAUUAAUUGUCUUACAUAUUUCUUCUUAUGCGAAUUUAGUGCAUGUUGCCAUCCAUUUAGUUGCCUCAGGUGUUGUAAAGUCGUGACCAUAGGAGCAAGUGGACCACAUCUCAUCUGAGUAAAAGCCAAAGAAGAAGUCUCAAGCUAGCAUGCAGUUGGAUUGGGUCUUCUGCCACUCCCUUUGGCUAUUCGUCAAAAAUGUAAUUCUAGCUAGCAUGUAGUUGGAUUGGGUCUUCUGCCACUCCCUUUGGCUAUUCUUCAGAAUUGUAAUUCAAUUCUUCUUCGUGUGGAAUACAACCCUUAUGUUGAA